CGGCGCAGCGCCGCUGCAGAGGGCCGGGCGCGUGGGGACGCGGGAGUGCGGGCUUCUCCGCGAGCCGCGCGGCGCCGGAGCACGCUGGCCGCCUGAGCUCCGCGCGGAGCGAGCCGCCGCCACCCGCCCCUGCGCGCGCCCCGCCAUGGAGCCUUCGCACAAAGACGCCGAGACGGCGGCGGCGGCGGCGGCGGCGGCGGCGGCGGCGGCGGCGGCGGACCCCCGCGCCGCGUCCUCGUCCAGCGGGGUGGUGGUGCAGGUCCGCGAGAAGAAGGGCCCCCUGCGCGCCGCCAUCCCCUACAUGCCCUUCCCGGUGGCCGUCAUCUGCCUCUUCCUCAACACCUUCGUGCCAGGAUUGGGGACGUUUGUCUCGGCCUUCGCCGUGCUGUGCGGAGCCCGCACCGACCUCCCGGACAGGCACGUAUGCUGUGUCUUCUGGCUCAACAUCGCAGCGGCCCUCAUCCAGACCCUCACAGCUAUCGUCAUGGUGGGCUGGAUCAUGAGCAUCUUCUGGGGCAUGGACAUGGUCAUCCUGGCCAGCUACAAGGAGCAGGGCAUCCCACAGCAGCUGUGAGGCCGAAGGAGCCGCUGAGAAUUCCAGGGCAGGCCCAUGGGGGCCGUACCAGGCCGCGGGCGGCACCGGGACCUUUACACAUGCUCUUCUGCCGUGUCCUGGGGUCGGAGUGGAAGAGGGGUAUUUAAAAAACAGUAUUUAUUUUGAAAACGCAUCUGCUUUUCUUGGCAGGCUGCAAGACUGCCAACCCCCCGCCCCCCCACGCUCCAGAAAGACAGGCUCCCAGAGCAUCUCGGGGCGGGGGGGUUGUGUGGGGGCGGGGUUGCGGACAGCAAGGCUGGGAUGCUCGGCUCUCCUCUGCCCUGCACGUCUCCCUGCCCACUGUGAGGGCGCCCUGGAGCUGCCGGGUCAGGCAGCAGGGGCUCACCGAGGGGCAGGGUGCGGUGGACCCUUCCUCUGGGUCCCCAGCCCGUCUGAGUGUUUGCGCUGUGGUCUCCUGGGGGCCGCGCCAGGGCAGGAGUGAGGAUGCACACGUCCCCAGCCCAGUGUGGAAAGGCCUGCCGCGCCCUCCUGGGGAUGGACCCCUGAAAGUGUCUCCUGGCCCCGCGCUCCCUUACUGUAGCCUACCCUUCACCCACCCCCCUCCUUGCCACUGAAAUCUCUGGCCCUGGGUGUGUUUUGACCUUUGUUUCCCUAGAAGGCGGCCCGCGACUUCAUCCCUGGGCGAAACGGCUAGAAUUGCCAGGUGUUCAUACACAGAAUCCCCAGCGCAGGUGUGAGCAAGCACGGGCCAGCAGCCUUUCACAUUAUACUGAACGCCACUCCUGGUCAAUAGUCCUCCUAAAAUCCUUGGGGCUGGACGGGUCUCCAAAUUCAGAAAACGUGGAUUUGAGACAGAAUAAGACCCAUGUACCGUGCAUUUCCUAACACGCCCGCAGUCUGGAGCACCUCCCGACCAUCGAGCGCAUGACUGUUUUUGCAGAGAAUCCUGUGAAAAGUCAGACUAAUUGGGAUCAAUAAAAACCAUAAAUAGCCUCA